ACUUGAAUGACGUUGCUAAGUGUUUCACCAAGUGUGGGCAGUCGGAGGAGGACGGAUCCUGUGAUGUGGGGAGCUUGGAGAGAUACUGGUUGAACUAUGAGUCCUACCUGCUGGAGAAUUCCAUGGAGACUGUGGACAUGCCCUUUGUUAAGGCGUUGAUCCAGAACAUCAGUACGGACAUCUCAGAAGACCUGCUGUUCUCUCUUAUGCCCUCCCAGAUCCCGAGGCAGGUGAUGCGGGGUGAGGAGCAGCCCGCUGACAGAGUCCGACUUCCCAAGAGCCUGUUUGGAGCCCUGCCUGGCAACAGGUCUGCACUCCGGCUGGCCAUAACUGUUCUGAAUAUUGGUGCAGGGAAUGUCUUCAAGGGCCCCAAGCUCCUUCAGGACAAUGGCAGCAGCGUGUUGAACAACCAAAUGGUGGGCUUGAGUGUGGGCCAGAUGCAUGCCACCGGGCUGUCGGAGCCUGUGGAGAUCACCUUCUCCCACGAGCAUCAGCCACCCAAUAUGAUCCGCACCUGUGUAUUCUGGGAUGUUGCUAAAGGUACCACAGGAGACUGGGAUUCCCAAGGCUGCUCCACAGAGCUCGGGGAUGAGAGGACCGUCUGCCGCUGUGACCACUUGACUUUCUUCGCCUUGCUGCUGAGGCCGAUCUUGGACCUGGCCACGGCACAGACUCUCACGCGCAUCUCCCAGGCAGGCUGUGGAGUCUCCAUGAUCUUCCUGGCCUUCACCAUGGUUCUCUAUGUUGCCUUCAGGCUCUCUCUGCAGAGGUUCAAGUCUGAAGAUGCCCCUAAGAUCCACAUGGCCUUGAGCGUCAGCCUGUUUCUCCUCAAUCUUACCUUCUUGAUCAAUAUGGGGAGCGGCACUCAAGGAACCCCAGCUUCCUGCUGGGUCCGAGCUGCCAUAUUCCACUACUUUCUGCUCUGUGUCUUCACCUGGAUGGGCCUGGAGGCCUUCCAUCUCUACCUGCUGGCCAUCAGGGUCUUCAAUACCUACUUUGGACACUAUUUCCUGAAGCUAAGCCUGCUGGGCUGGGGCCUGCCUGUUCUUAUGGUUAUCGGUGCUGGGAGUAGCAACAGUUACGGCAUUUAUACCAUCCGCAACCAGGAGAACCGCACCUCUCUGGAGCUGUGCUGGUUCCAGAAAGAGCUUGCCCUUUAUGCUACUGUCCACGGCUACUUCCUGGUCACCUUCCUCUUCGGUGCUGUGGUGCUGGCUCUGGUAGCCUGGAAGAUCUUCACUCUUUCCAGUGUCACAGCGGGCAAAGGACCAGGACAGACCUGGAAGUCGGUCCUCACGGUGCUGGGCCUCUCGAGCCUGGUGGGCAUGACCUGGGGGCUGGCUGUUCUAACACCCCUGGGCUUGUCCACCAUCUACAUCUUCACCCUCUUAAACUCUCUGCAAGGACUCUUCAUCUUCUCCUGGUUCAUCAUCCUCUACUUUCCGACUCAGAGCACCACAGCCUCCUCCUCUGGCACUGCCCGCCUGGACCAGGCCCACUCGGUGUCGCAGGAGUAGUUGUG